UCAAGGCAUGUUCAAACAGUCACGACCCCAUCAAUGUGUCCGUUUCAACUACCUGGUGGAUGGUCAGAGUGGGUACUUACAUACUUUCCGCUCCAUGAACAUCCGUUUCUUCAACAACAUGGCCAUCACUAUCAAAUCUGAGGAGGAAAUGAUUGAAUCUGUCAAAGCCAUUGGGGAAACAUUUGAGGUGGCUGUGCAGAUGAUUGGCUGUGAGGUUCAGCUGGUCACUGGGAAGAUGGAAAAGAAGAGGAGUCGAGGGCGCAACCAGCUGGCCAAUCUCCUUAAUCCAAUUGCAUCUCUUACUAAAACAUCUCCAGACACUCUCAAGACAGCAGGAACACGUGCAUUUAGCAACAUGACGUCAGGCUUGGCAAAACUAAACCCAAUGGCCAGUUUACGAAUGAAAAGGGCCAGUCACCCCACAGUUCAUCCAGCUGCAUCAACGUUUUACUUCCAGAAACCAACAGUAUCUGUACAGAAUGGGAGUGAUGUGAUAAUACAAAUGGGUGGAAAUGAAACUUACCUGGCAUCUUGUGGUGUGUUAGCCUCAAGCUUGAUGGCCCCACCUUCCCCACCACCAAGGUAUCCUUCACCUCCUAUUGCCAGGUGCCACAGUGACUCAGCCAUCUUGCAUGGCAGCAUCUUAGGACGAAGCAGCAUUCCUGGUGUUUCAGCCAACCGCUCGCCAACUCCGGAAAUUUUGGUGAGUGGGACUGGGGAUAAGAAUAACACGCCUGCCAUCACACCCACAUUGGGAGGUCUUUCGCCAUCCCUGUUGAUGCAGAGGGUUAGGAAGAUCUCCCAUUCUUCGGAUGAAGUGGAUGUACGUGAUGAGAGGGAUGCUGGAGUCUUAAGAGCAUCCUCUGCCACAAAUCUGCAACUACAUCUUCCCUCGAGCCAUUCAGAGGGACACAUUGGUGGAACAUCCUCACAGUCAGCAGCAGGGGACCACUCAAACCCUCUCUCACCACUAUCUGCUCUCAACAAAGAAGCUGUGUUGGCUCCUUUCUCUGUUCUGGCAAGAGGAGUCCAGAGCUUAGCACCAGGAGCAGGACGUCUUGCAAGAGGAAUGCAGAGCAUUGGGGCUAACUUUGAUCCUAGGCGCUUGCGUGCCCAACGCCAAAGGCAACUUGAAGAUGAUCCAGUAUUGACAGAAAAGAAACAGAACUGUAAAACACGGAUAAUUCAGCUUUAAAAUGACUGCCUUCUGUAGCAUGGCAUGUGUUUUAAAAUUUUAGGUAGCUACCUUUCCUCUCUGAAUAAAUUUAUUAUUGACAACAGGUCAUCCCUUGAGAAAACUGGUAAUCAGAAAUAGACUAAAGGUAGAUUGGUAUUAUGUCAGCUUGUGUUGAAAUGUAACAGAUUCGUCCGAUUCAAAUUUUUAGAUUAUUUGUACGAUGCUGUUUGUGCAGCUGAUUGGUUUCUGCAGUUUAUUGAUAAGAUGGUUCAGUUUACCACAAUUUAUUCUCAACGACCCUUGUUAAUAAAUGAUUUGAUGAUCCGCAUUUGAACAUUCCAUGAGGAAUAUAUGAUUUGAUCUCACUGAUUAAUAUUGUUUUGCGCACAGUAUUAGUACAUAAGCACUUCCAGUGUUGAGGUUUUGUGUAGAGGUCUUCCAGUUGUUUUUAUUAUUAUUUAUUUAUCUAAUUUAUUUUUAAAUGUGUAAACAUUGUUAAAGUAUUUUAAAAGUUUUACUUUAAUCACCUUUUUAGAAUUUGCCUAUAUUUGAUCCCCCAGGAAUCUUAUAGCCUGGCAUUGUAGGAUAGUGCCAUCCUCUUGUUCUGUAAAUAAUGGUUCUAGUUAGUUCUCCCUUACUUGUAGUAAUGACACCUUAGAAAGAGGGUAUUGGAGUAUUUUAUCAUGUUACUGUUGCUUUUGUGGUAUGAAACACAGGUUUUUGAAACACAGAUAUCACAUGCUCACAGUUGAUUUCCUUCAUUACAUCACCCAUACUCAAUGAAGUUCACAAAUAGUUGGGGGCACUUUGUUGGAUUAGCCAGCAGUCACUGGUGUUUACGUGUUAUGAAACCCAGUGAUGGAUCAGCCCACAUAAAAUAACCUACUUCUUUUGCUGCAACAAGUGGUAGGUGCAUUUAGCCAUAUUCAUUGUCAAUGAUGUCCAUUCCACCUGUGGGAAAGUGUAUUGCAUGGUGACUUGUCAUGUACUGCAUUCUGUGAUGUUUAUUGUUGAUUCCUCUUGUUCCCAUUUUCAGAAAUACUGUGUAUAAGGGCAGUCUUUUUAUACCUUGUGAUUAGUUAUGGUAUUUUAAGGAAAGAAAUUAUAAAUUGCGGAUGAGGUAAAAAUAUUUUUCUGUGAAAAUAAGAGUAUAUUCAUAUGAACAGAACAUCUAUAAGCCAUUCUUUAAUCUGAAGUAAUUUACUUUUUAAAGUGAAGAUAUGUAUAAAAACAGUAAAAAACAGGGUUAUUCAUUGUAUUUCUCACUGGUGCCUGUCUGUAACAGUAGCUAAUAAUAAAGUAAAAUUGAUCAUCACUUGUUUUGACUAAGAAUAUGGCUAAGUGUUGGAAGAAUUAAAAAAUGACAUGGUCAUUAUUAUACCAUGUCAGUGAGAUGCUACUUAUUUAAGUUAUUUACAUCUAAUGCGAUGCUUCAGGGUCCUGUGUACUGUAAGCUAUGGUAGCAAUAGAUUUUUGAAAAUGCUUCAGUUUUUCCUUUCUAGUGGCUAAUGGAUGCAAGUUUAGUCUUGUCGUUUUGUAUUUAUUUUCAGAAGAUUUAUUUAUAUAGUAGUAAAGGAUUUACUUAUAAAUAGCUCUGAUUAAUAUGUUCAUGUAUCUAAUGAUACAUAUCAUUAGUGUAUUUAAAGGUAAAACUGUACUAGCCUGUGAAGUUGUUGACACCUGCCCCCUGCACAGCCAUGAUAGCAGUAAUGUAGAUGGACAUAGACUUUUGUGUAUGUGCUGUAGUUUGCACACACCAGAGGUGACAGUAAAUGUGUAGCUUGAAGUUUUCAUCUGUUCAGGAAGACUGAUCAAAGUCUUCUAGGACAGGAAGAAAGUUCUUAGGCAGAGUCUGUUUCAAGAUCAGCAUGUACUGUAUGCAGGACAGAUGGAAGUAAUUAGAGUUUACCAGCAGGUCACUUCAUUUCUUUUUUCUUUCUGUUCUCCUUGUGCCUGGUAAUGUUUUGACUUUUUGUCCAGCUUAUCAGUUUACGAAGAUCAUAUAUUAAGGGAGGUAAUGGAACAAUAUAUAUUGGUAUAAGAAUAAUCUGUGUGGAAUUAUACCUGAAGCCUUUGAGAAUUCAGAUGUCUGGAAUCCCAUUAUGUGUCAAGCAGAUUAAUUUCUUGCCUUUAUAAACACAGGUUCUCAGGUGCUAGUACUUUUUGUUUCUUUUGGAAUUUGUUCGUUCAUUGGUGUUAUGUAAUUAUGUGAUUUAUAGCUAUAGGACCAUUGAGUGGCUUGAAUGAUUCAAAUUAGGUCAUUCAUAGUGGGUCUUUUAUGUGGCUAAAAGGACAAUAUAGUUAAUAGGAUUGAUUAACUUUGCGGUUUGAAUUUCUUUUUUAUGAUUUACUAAUUUUGUUUGUAGUCAUGUCUUAUUCCUAUCAAUAAUUGUUUUUGUUAGGUCUCUCUCUGUUUUAUAUCUAAUGUUGGCUCUUGAGUGUGAUAAUAUAUGUGAAAUACCUGCUGUCACCUCUAAUUUUAAAGACUUGUACACUUACACUUUCACAUUUAUUCGUCAAGGAAAAAAUAAUGGAAUUUAUUGUGGAGCAAUUAGGACAGUUUUCUCUUGCUUUGCAGCUAAGAUUUUUUCUCCUCCAGGUUUUAUUUACAUACAUUACCUAUGUAAAUAGAAAUGUCCUUUCUGCUUUUAGAGUAAGAUUCUAUAUAGUGAUGAAUAGUAUCCUGACUGAUUUUGAGGAAAAAAACUGAGCUGAAAGAAAGAGUGGAAAACAUUUUCAGCUCAAUAUAUUUUUCUAUUACAGUGGCUGAAUUUUAAGGUCAUAUUUAUUGCACUAAGAUGCAAAGAUAUGCAAUACCUCACAAGCAUACCAAUGCACCACUCCCUUGUGUCUGCAUACCAAGUACCUUUAGAAAUGAAAAAAAAAUCAAUUAUAUUUAAACAGAAGAAACUUGUUCAAUUUAUGAGUAAGUAAAAUAUACAGAUUUGUAAAAAAAAUAUAUAUGUAUAUAUGUUUGGUUGCUCAUCAUAAGUGUACAAAUCUUUUCAAGGCAUACGGCAUGUUGGAGCUUCCAUUGUCAUGUCUCUUGACAAUUAGAGUUUAGUUAGUAAGUUUAUAUGAGUACAUAGAUAGGCAGUUUUAUGUACAGCAUAUACUGUGGCAAUUUUAUAAUAGUGCAAAUAAUAGUUCGUAGGCUUGACUUGCACUUCUGCUUGGACCUUAAAUGUACUGGUUCAUUGUUCAGCAAAACGUUAGAGUAGGCUUAUGACUCAUAGCAAGGAUGAGAUCCCUUAACUGCAUCGUACUCGUUAAAUGUUUGCCUGUUACUUUGGUGUGAUUUAGGAAGGAAAUUGAAGUUUAUGUGUUGGAGGUAAAUUCCUUAGUGUUAGAUUGGAAAGCUUGAGGAGUGCAGUUGAUUCCUCGUUGUCAGCAUGGAGGAUUUAGUGAGAAAUAGAAAAAUUGGAGACCCAAGUGUAGCCAAUUUUCUUGCUAGUUUACACCAAGUAAAUGGAAACUAAUACUUAGGAGUGAGCUGGUUCCCUACGUAAAACCCAUGAAUGUUUCUGCUGGAAGAGAAUAAGAUGUGUAAUGACCAUCCACAUAAAGAGUCACAUGUAGAGUUAGUUGUCACUAGUUCUGUAUGGCAGAAGCCAUGUCUGUUGGGUAGAAUAGUUGGUAAGAAUGGACUUACAUUCUUGCAAGUCUUAGUUAACAUUGUAGGAUCUCAUCUCAUAAUGGAGUACUCCAAAAAUAUCACAUCAUUAUAUGAAGUUAAUGAUCAGAGGGUAUUUAUGAUGUUUUCUUGGGGAAAUUUGUAGUAAAUCGUGUGCGGAGUACAGAUCAUCAUUUGAUCCUGUGGAUGAGAUUAGAGUAGUUCUUAAUGAUAGACAGUUAGUAUGUGUAUUCUCAUUACGACUGAUUUGAGUAUGAUAGCAUUUAUCACCUUUCACACUCUCCUUGUUAGUUGUAAAUGAUAUGAUGUUCCUUAUUUUAUACUGAGAGAAUAUUAGUGACAAAAGGUAAUGCAUAAUACAGCUAUUAGGUAUUUGCUUCACUCUUAACAGAUCUUUUUGAUAAUGUAUUUAUUGAGCGUUUAGUCCAGUUGAUGUCAACAUUAGUGUGGACAUGUCACACUGGUGACUGUAUACUUCAAUAUUAUCAAUAUAUUUGUCACAAGGGUAAAGUCCCUUACCUGAACUGUUGGAGAAUUUUUUGUUCUGUUACUGUCAUUGUUACUUUGUUGUUUGUGCUCGAUACUUAUACUACAGCAGCUCCUUUUUUCGGAACAUGUUUGACCAGUGAGUUUUUGCCAUUAUUCAUGUGCUAUUAUUACCUUGAUCUGAUUUAUUUCCAUGUAUUUGUUACAAUUGUGACAGAUCUAUCAUCUUCAGUAUUUCUGUGUUAUCUUUAAUCUGUAAUUUAAGAAAAGUUAUUCAAAAGUUUGCCACUUCACGGGCAAAUAAGACCAUAGAAAUGCCCAGUUCUUUGAUUGAAACCUAGUUGUAGGAAAUUGCAUAUGUAUGUGCAAUAAACCAAUACUUGAAGUUCACGAGAUAAAUUGUCGGUAGUGUCCAUAUUAACCUGAAAAUUUACAGUAUGAACAGGUUCUACCACAGGUGUAUUAUACUCUCUAGUUUAUGUUACAGCUUCAUUAGAGGAUUAUGAGUGCUUAGGAAGUCAUUGAUGUCACAUAUUAUAUAGCACCAAGGAGGAUAACAAGUGGGAAUAUUAUUUAAUUGUUUUCUUUAUGUGUUGUAUAUAUUAAGUCCUGUUAUGUUAACUUUUUAUAAAGGUCUGUUAGAGCUUUCUAAACUAUACCUUGCUUUUAUCUCAUACACAUGAAAUAAUAUUUACCUCACUUUUUUGUAAAUGCUGUGGCUAGCAUUAUAUUUUUUUCUUUUGCUCUUUCUUCUCUUUUUUUAUGUUCUGUUUCCCUUCAUAUUUUUACUACUCAGGCUGGCAUAUGCUAUUAGGAUGCCAAAGUUUCUUUAUAAGCACAUUUAGUUAAUACUUGUUACAAGUAUGAUAUUGUUGGUGUUUUUUCACUGCACUCAAAGGGAAAUUGGUUACAUUAUAUAAUGUCAUACCAUUAAAGACUUAACUCAAUUUAUAGAAAAUUAGAAAUAAAGCCUUCACAGUUAUGAAAGAGAUGAUAUAGUAUAAAUUUUAAAAGAGGUAGAGCAAUAGUACUUAAUAUAUUAGCUCGUUAGGAGCAUUAGUAGAAAUAAUAAAAUGUGAGACAACAUAGACGUGGCAAUAAAGAACAUAUAUAACCUUUAAAAAUGCAUGAUAAAGGAGUAAAAUGUAAUUGAAAGGUAGACACUUCAAAUGAGAAGUUAUGAAAUACAAAAGUAAUCAGUUAUUCUGAGAAGGCUUUUUGAGGUAAUGGAAUGUAGAACUUUGUUAGGGACCUAUUUAGGAAGUUACAGAGUAGUAAGAUGUAAUCUCGGUAGAGUAAUUCAGGUAAUAUAAUCUCAUAGAAGGAUUAAUGGAGUAGAUGUCAUUUGAGGAAAGUAACAAUAGGGAAGUAAUGUGUUAUAAGGCUAGACAAAAAGGAAUUAAUGCCAAAAAUAAUGGUCACUGAAUUCACCAUUGUUUGCUGUGGCUAGGCAUGAUUUGUAAACAUUAAGACACUGUGACAGAUGCUUGAAGUUAAAUAAAAAAGGGUUAUGUGAAAUAGGUGUGUGGCAGCUCAUUUAAUAUUUCAUUGAACUUUUUAUGAAAAUUAUGAUUUUGUUUAAUACACAAUAUUCAUCA